AUGCUCAGUCGCAUUCACCAAUGUCGACGAACACUUCUAAUCCCACUAACACCCCAAAUUCUCACCCCUCCUACUUCUCUCAUAUUCACUGAAACCUCUGUUUCAGCCGCAAAUCUCACCAUCGACGAAGAACCCACCACCACUACCACCACCACCUUUCUGUCUUCCCCAAGCGACAUCAUUUCUGGAAUCCUCGCUGGCCUAAAGGGUCUGGGUUCCGUGAAAUCUUUCCGGAGAGACCACCAGUUUAGAAACCUUUUUUUGUCUUUGAGUUCCGCUCAAAUUGAGGGGAUUAUUGAUAGUUUGAGAACAGAAAACGCGGAGCUUGCUAUAGAAUUGUUUUAUUUGUUGAGGAAUGACUAUGGGUGUAAGCAUUCUAGGGUUUCUCAGUUUCUUAUUGCUCAUAUUUUGGCGGGAAAAAGAAGGCCCAAGGCAUUGCGUUCGCUUUUACAGCAUGUGGUUCAAGAAGAAGGCUGUGGCUCUGCGCCUUCACUUUGUGAGCUGCUUUGCGAUGGCUUCAGGGACUGGAAUUCAAAUUGUACUGUGUGGGAUAUGCUGGCUUUUGCUUAUUCCAGAAUUGAGAUGGUCCAUGAUGCCCUUUUUGUUAUUGCCAAGAUGAAAGAUUUGAGUGUCCAAGCUUCGGUAGUGACUUAUAACAGUUUGUUGCACAACCUGAGACACACUGAUAUCAUGUGGGACGUGUAUAGUGAAAUGAAAACCACUGGAAUUCCUCAGAGUGAACACACUAAUUCCAUUCUUAUAGAUGGGCUAUGCAGUCAAUCCUUGAUACAAGAAGCAGUUUCAUUUCUGCGGGAGACUAGAAGGGUAGAGCCUAAGCCUUCAAUUGUUUCAUUCAAUACUCUCAUGUCAGGUUUCUGUAAAAUGGGUUGUGUAGAUGUUGCAAAAUCCUUCUUUUGUUUGAUGUUUAAGAGUGGAUUACUACCUGAUGCAUACAGCUACAAUAUCAUUAUUCAUGGAUUAUGCGUAGCAGGCUCUAUGGAAGAAGCUUUAGAACUUAUGAAUGACAUGGAGAAGCAUGGCAUAGACCCUGAUGUAGUCACCUAUAACAUUCUUGCGAAAGGGUUUCGUCUACUUGGUAUGAUGAGUGGAGCGUGGACGAUAAUUCAUCAAAUGCUGCAUAAAGGAUUGACUCCAGAUAAUUUCACAUACACAAUACUUAUCUGUGGUCAUUGCCAGACUGGAAAUAUUGAAGAAGGCUUUAAGUUGCACAAAGAAAUGCUUUCAGGAGGUCUUCAGUCGAGUAAUAUCUCAUACAGUGUGUUGUUCAGCAGUUUCUGCAAGAGUGGACGGGUUGAUGAAGCUCUGAGUUUGCUUUAUGAGAUGGAAACUGUUGGUUUAAAACCAGAUGUUGUGAUGUAUUCCAUCCUCAUUCAUGGCCUCUGCAAGCAAGGAGAUGUACAAAGGGCAAUUCAAUUGUAUAAGGAAAUGUGCUCACAGAGAAUCUUCCCAAAUUCUUUUGCACGUGGAGCUAUUCUGCAGGGCCUGUGUGAGAAAGGGACAAUAUCAGAGGCUAGAAUGUAUUUUGAUACUGUAGUAAACAGUGACUUAGUGGAGGAUAUUGUUUUGUAUAAUAUUAUGAUUGAUAGGUAUGCAAAACUCGGUAAUAUUGGAGAGACUGUACAGUUAUACAAACAAAUAAUUGAGAGAGGAAUAAGUCCAAGCAUAGUCACUUUCAAUUCUCUAGUUUAUGGGUUCUGCAAAACAAGAAGACUAGCUGAGGCUAGAAGGUGGCUGGAUGCUGUUGACAUAUAUGGUUUGGUACCAAAUGCUGUAACUUAUACCACUCUUAUGAAUGCAUUUUGCGAAAGGGGAAAUAUACAAGCCAUGUUUGAACUGCUACGGGAAAUGGAAGCACGGGCUGUAGAACCAACUCAUGUCACUUUCACAGUGCUUAUAAAGGGACUUUGCAAACAGAGGAAGCUGCAAGAAUCUGUCGGAUUACUCAAGGAUAUGUUUGCUAAAGGUCUAUCCCCUGAUUCAGUUUCGUACAACACCAUCAUUCAAUGCUUCUGCAAAGCUCAAGAUACAAAGAAAGCUUUUGAGUUACACAGUGAGAUGUUAUUGCACAAUCUUCAGCCUGAUCAUGUUACAUAUAACAUUCUUAUCAAUGGUCUAUGUGUGUAUGGAGACCUAAAGGAUGCUGAUAGACUAUUCUCUUCGCUAAGGGACAAAAAUAUUCGAUUGACAAAAGUUGCUUAUACCACACUUAUCAAAGCUCAUUGUGUAAAGGGUGAUGUAGAGAAGGCAAGAAGGCUAUUCUGUCAAAUGGUGGAGCUGGGAUUUGAGAUCUCAAUUAGAGAUUACAGUGCUGUGAUUAAUAGAUUGUGCAAAAGAUGUUUCAUAAAUGAAGCAAAAAUUUUCCUUCAUAUGAUGUUAUCCCAGGGUGUCUCUCUUGAUCAGCAAAUUUGUUCAGUUAUGCUCGAUGCUUUCCAUCUGGUUGGCGACCUCAAUUCCAUGCUUGAAUUACUUGCUGAGAUGAUCAAAUGUGGCCUAGAUCCUGGUUGA